AUGGAAAAUUCAUACUUUCAAUUAAAUGAUUUACCUGAUGAAAUUCUGAUGAUUAUUUUAAAAAACAUGACCAAUGUUACAGUACUCUUCUCUUUAAUGGGUGUUAAUAAACGAUUAAAUAAAAUUGUACAUGAUGAAACUUUUACAAGUUAUUUAACAUUCUUGGUAUGUUCGUCAGACAGUUCUGUUCAUCCAUAUUGUGAUUCAAUAAUUGAUCGAUUUUGUUUACAAAUUUUACCUUCGAUUCAUCAUAAAAUUCAAUGGCUUAAUCUUGAAGCAUCAUCUAUGAAGCGUAUUCUUUUCGCUACUGAUUAUCCAAAUUUAAGCGGGCUCGGUCUUUACAAUGUAGACGAUAAAACAGUGAAAUAUGUCUUUAAUGGUAAGAAAUUUCAUGUGAAUUGUUUUGAUUCUGAAUUAUUUCGAAGGCUCUGA